AUGGGAGUCUUCUCCCUCAACCCCCAGGGCCCGCGCGACGGCGGGCGACAGUCCAAGCUGCCACUCCAUGAGAUGCCCUCCAAGGAACGCGACUCGAAUGACUCCUACGACGACUCAGACUACGACGACGACUACUCGGCAACCUCGUCGCCCAGCCUAGGCAACUCCAGACACACAUCGGCUUCGUUAUCCGCGACGCCCAUGCUGUCCAAACGAAGAUUCACACUCCCCCGGCGGCCUGGUGGGCCAAUGGGCUACCGGUUACCCAACAAGGUCGUCCGGUAUCUAUGUAUGGGCCUUGUGACGAUAAUACUGCUGCUCAUUUUCAGCCUAAUACGCGCGAGCCAAACCGAGAACAAGAGAAUAUUGACAGGCGGCGUAUACAAGCCACCAGCCGCGCCCCCGAUAUGGGAAGCGUACCCGUUCCUCACCAGAUACUAUGGCGGUGUCAGAAACCUGGUGCCGCUCCAGAAGAACACGCCAGAAUAUCCCCGCGCCGAAGACGAGCUUCCCCUCGACAAGCUCGCCUUCGUCAACUUUACCGAAAACACGGGCUUCGAGAAACGUGCCCUUCCCGAGAGCAAGGAGUUUGUGAACCACCCGAAAAGUGUUUUCCAAACAGCCCCCGAGAAGAUUAACGAGUGUUUCCUGGACGCGGCCAACAAGCUGCGUGUCCCGCCGAUUCGAUACUACGAGGGGCGGCCCAAUGGCUUCCCAGAAGCCGUACUUGGCUCGUAUGACCUCGUUGGCUUCAACGAAGAUAUCUGCUACGAACGAUACGGUAGAUACGGCCCCUAUGGCCUUGGCUACUCGCAGAGAAAAGGUGGGCUCGGCGUUGGCGAGCACGGCGAGAAAGAAGGCUCCGAAUCAACCUGGUCCAAGGUGCCCCAGGUCGACUGGAGAAAGAUGGACUGGGCAGAUGCUCAAAGACGUUGUUAUCAGGCAAACACCGCUCGCUACAGCUCCCUGCCUGCGCGGCCCGCGCAGCCUCACGGCUUCUUCAUUGACGAAGGGAAUGCUACCUCGACUCUUUUUACGCGAGAUACCAUAACGGAACAGGCUGCAGCCGACGACAAGACCGCCGCCAAGUCUGGCAGUCAGGAGGUUGCGAAGAAGGUUGCGAGAACGGCAGUUGUCGUUCGAGUCUGGGAUGAAUACUUCUUCCGUGAGGACGACCUCAUGAACCUGCGGUCACUGAUUACUGAAUUAUCCUUGGCUUCUGGCGGCCGAUACGAUGUCCACCUUCUGGUACAGGUCAAGAACGAUGCUGCAUAUCCCAUCUGGGCUGAUUCCGCCAUCUACGAACAGCGGAUUCGGGAUGUCAUACCCGAGGAGUUCCAGGGGCUGGUCACCUUCUGGACGGAGACGCAGAUGCUUGCUCUCUACCAAGGCAUAUACGACGUGUAUGCCCGAGGUCCCGACUUGCCCGUUCAUGGCGUCUACCGUGGGUUGGCCAUGGCGAUGCAGUACUUUGCAUACCAGCACCCCGAGUAUGAGUACUUCUGGCAGUGGGAGAUGGACAUCCGUUACACAGGACACUACUAUGAUCUCUUCUCCAAGGUCGAGAACUGGGCCAAGCAACAACCCAGAAAGGGGAUGUGGGAGCGCAAUGCUCGAUUCUAUCUCCCCUCAGUCCACGGUACCUGGGAGGAUUUCCGACAGAUGGCACGAGUGCAAGCAGAGAUGGGCACUGUAGGUGCCGACAACAUCUGGGAAAAUGUCAACACAAAGGGCAAGGGCAAGCCGAAGGCAUCCGCUUCUUCGCGUGGAGACAAGAUCAUCUGGGGGCCCGAACGACCGAUGGAACAGGAAGAUUGGUUCGAGACGGAGAACGACCCCAUGCCAGAAACUUCAUACGAGAAGGACAAGGACGUCUGGGGCGUCGGCGAGGAAGCCGAGUACAUUGCCUUCAACCCCAUGUUUGAUCCGGAAGGGACCACCUGGGGUCUGGCAGACGACAUCACGGGCUACAACACGACCCGCGCCAAACCCCCGCGCCGUACCCAGAUCAUCACCGCAUCGCGCAUGUCCCGCCGCCUGCUGCUGACCAUGCACCGCAUGACGGCCUUCAAGAAGCAGUUCGCCUUCCCGGAGAUGUGGCCCGCGACCGUGGCGCUGCAGCACGGGCUCAAGGCCGUCUUCGUGCCGCACCCGCUGUACGUGGACCGCGAGUGGCCGACCAAGGUGUUCGCGCAGACGCUCAACAACGGCAAGAACGGCGCCAGCGGCGGGUCGCGCACCUCGGUCUUCGGCGACCGCGAGCACAACCUGCGCGGCCUCAGCUGGUUCUACGACUCGGGCUUCGCCCCCAACCUGUACCGCCGCUGGCUCGGGCUCAAGGUCAACAACGACGGCGGCGAGGAGUUCGAGCUCACCGCCGACAACACCAAGAACGGCUCCACCGUCUCCUUCAUGCGCGGCGGCGAGGGCCGCAUGUGCCUGCCCCCCAUGCUGCUCCACCCCGUCAAGGGCGUCGAGCUGCCCGUCGAGGAGGUCCACGACGUGGCCGAGGUCCCCGAGUCGGACCCCGCUGCCUGA